AAUUUACCCGUCAACGUUUCACAUACUUUCCUCGAGUUGCAUUGGAUGGCCUAAAUUCAGAUUUGGGUGGGUGAUAUUUAUUGUGGUCACUUUCGACAGAGUAAAGCGGUCGGCCUAUUGUGUGCGGAUUUUCGGGAUUGACGACUCGGUUGUCCGCAGACUAUCAGCUGUACCGCCGGCGCAACGUACGUCGUGAGGGCCAGGGGUAGUUGUUGCAACAUAUAGCACACUCAGCUGACCGGCUGAGAAAUUUAUUUGACUGACUUACGUUCUGUGAGUCUUUAUCAGUUUGAUUUGUUCAACUUGGAUCUGUCGAAACACCAACAUCAACAUGUCGUCAAUCCUACGCGGGUUUAUUAUACGUCAAGCGUAUAAUUUCAGCAAAACACUCGCCAGUAUGCCAGCUUGUAGUAUCAGCUCUCAAGCAGCUCCCCUCCCUAAGAUAGUCAACGGAAAACUUGAUGACCUCCAGCCUCAUGUUAGAGAAUACGUCUUAGAGAAGGCAGAGAUUUGCCAGCCAGAUAAUGUCUACAUCUGUGAUGGUUCCCAGGAAGAGAACAAAGCCCUCCUGACACAGAUGGAAAAGGAAGGCAUUGUCAAAAGACUUGCCAAAUAUGAGAACUGCUGGUUGGCAAGAACAGACCCUAAAGAUGUUGCCCGUGUGGAGAGCAAGACAGUUAUAUCAACUCCCUAUCAAAGAGAUACUGUCCCCAUCCCUAGAGAAGGGGUUGAAGGGACUGUAGGCAAGUGGAUAUCACCGGGAGACCUUCAGAAGGCAAUUGAUGAUCGCUUCCCUGGAUGUAUGAAGGGAAGAACCAUGUAUGUUGUACCAUUCAGCAUGGGACCCUAUGGAUCUCCACUCUCCAAGAUUGGUGUCGAGUUGACAGACUCUCCCUAUGUUGUAGCCAGUAUGCGUAUAAUGACUCGCAUGGGCAAGAAAGCUCUAGAUGUACUUGGUGAGGGAGACUUUGUCAAAUGUCUUCACUCAGUUGGUCAGCCACUACCCAUGACGACACCUCCAAUCAACAACUGGCCAUGCAACCCAGAGAAGACCAUCAUCUCACACAUCCCUGACAACAGAGAGAUCAUCUCCUUUGGCAGUGGCUAUGGUGGUAACUCACUUCUGGGCAAGAAGUGUUUUGCUUUACGUAUUGCUUCAAGAAUUGCCAAAGAUGAGGGCUGGUUGGCUGAACACAUGCUGAUCCUAGGACUGACUAAUCCACAAGGGGAGAAGAAGUACAUCGCUGCAUCUUUCCCAAGUGCCUGUGGUAAAACAAAUCUUGCCAUGAUCAUGCCAAGCUUACCAGGCUGGAAGGCGGAGUGCAUUGGUGAUGACAUCGCCUGGAUGAAGUUUGACAAAGAAGGGCGUCUGCGAGCUAUCAACCCUGAAUAUGGCUUCUUUGGUGUUGCACCAGGAACAUCCAGUAAAACCAAUCCCAAUGCCUUGGCAACGUGCAUGAAGAAUACAGUGUUUACCAACGUAGCGGAAACCAGUGAUGGAGGAUUCUAUUGGGAGGGUCUGGAGAAGGAGACAUCAAAGGAUGUAUCCAUCACCACUUGGCUGGGUAAGGAGAACUGGAGUAAAGAUAGCGGAGUACCAGCUGCUCAUCCUAACUCCAGAUUCUGUACACCUGCAUCACAAUGCCCUGUCAUUGAUCCAGCUUGGGAAGACCCGGAGGGGGUACCCAUUGAUGCCAUUCUGUUUGGCGGGAGAAGACCAAAAGGAGUCCCUCUUGUGUAUGAAGCAUUGAAUUGGCAACAUGGAGUCUUUGUAGGGGCUGCUAUGAGGUCAGAGGCUACUGCUGCUGCUGAGCACAAAGGCAAAGUUAUAAUGCAUGACCCGUUUGCAAUGCGACCCUUCUUUGGCUACAAUGUCGGCCAGUAUUUCCAGCAUUGGUUACAUUUCCAGCAUAAGCCAGGCCUUAAACUGCCCAAAAUCUUCCAUGUCAACUGGUUCCGCACCAGCGAGGAAGGCAAGUUCUUGUGGCCUGGUUUUGGUGAGAACAUCCGGGUGCUUGACUGGAUCCUGAAGCGGUGUAAUGGAGAAGAUAUCGCUAAGAAGUCAGCUAUUGGACUUGUUCCCAAGGAGGGUACUCUCAAUGUUCAUGGCUUGGACGUUGAACCAGAAGAUAUGUAUGAGCUCUUUCAUCUCCCAAAAGGUUUCUGGAUGGAGGAAGUCCAACAGAUUAGGAAAUACUUUGAUGAUCAAGUGAACGUGGACUUGCCUGAGGGUGUCAUGUCUGAAUUGAACUCAUUGGAAGAUCGUGUAAAAGCCAUGUAAAGUGGCCACGAACUCAUACCUCAGAGAGCUUCAUGUGUUGUGCUGCAUGAUGCAUUGUGUUUUAUCUGAAAUUGGGAUUCAAUCCUAGUGUUGAACAUAUUUGAAGUGUUGUAACUGCUAAGGUGGACCCAUACCGAAAAUAUUGUGAUUAGAUGAAAAAUACUGCUGGAAAUGAACUCAAAGCGCUCUUGAGAGGGAACCUAAAUGCCCAAAACAAAUUCAUCAUCAAAGUGUGGUGUUAGGCCAGCUUAGCUACUUCAGAAAUUGCCUCAAGCCUCCUAACUUUUUAAAAUCAAACUUUCAAAUUUCUUCAGAAUUUUAUGUUACCAGUCAACCAGAUAACUUACACAUAGACUUGCAGAAUCAAAGCUCAGAUUUACUUUAUUUUUAAUGACAACAAAGAACUUUAUUUUAAUUUUUCUAUAGCAUAGCAAAUAAUACUUUUCAAGUAUGGUAAGUUGAUUGAAAGAAUUGCAGCAGGAGUUUUAAAAAUUGAUAUUUAAACAAUAUCUGUACAUUUGUUUAUAUUUAUCCCAUAGUUUGAUUGUUGUUGCAAAAUGUUCUCUUGCGAGGUUUUGUAUGUAAGGAAGUGUAUGUGGUAUAUUCUGGACUGUACAUGUAUUUAUGUAGAAAUUAAUGUCCUUCAUAAGGACUUAGUAAUGUACUACUAAUCCCACUAAUCCAAUUUACUACAGUCUGCUCAAAUCUAACUGCUUGUGUUGGCAGCAUAUCACCAUAGCUAAGGCACUCUUACUUCAUGUAGGCCUUGAUGUAACAGAAAAAGUUUAAAGAGUAUACCCACGUAUUGUGCAAGGGUGGUUCGGGGGAAGUGGAGGCUAUGCCCACUAACAAAGCCACUAUAUUUUUUAAAUGAAAGGUUAAGUUUUCGCCUUUUUUGUUUCCCUUUCUCCUAAAAGCAUGUAAAAUGUCUCAAACUGUAGCCUCACCCCUCAGAAAGAUCAUGAAAGGAUUCAUCAAAAAAUCCAACUUGUUUGGGCCCCCAAAAAUCAAAUUUGGUGGAUUGGCCCUUGGUAUUGUACAGAGUUUGGUUGGCAUUGAUUCUGAAAGCUUCCUUGUAACAGUGCCCUAGGAACAAGGGUUGUCAUUACCUUAAAAUGUUUUGCCUUGUGUUUAAAAUACAGAGCACUAACUCUAGAAUGUUACUUGAUGUAAUUUAGCAAACAUGAACCUGAAAUUAAUGACCAGUCACUAAUUUUAGAUGGUUGGGCAUAUGCAAAUGCAAAGAAAAUGCAAGUUGGAGUAUAUGUAGUCUUGUAAAACCUCCUGUAAAUGGUUUUAACCUUUGGUGUUAAGUAUAACUGUGGUAUCCGGUUCGUAAGUGACUUCGUCACAAAGGCAGACGCACCCCAAUUUGCAGGCUCCCAUUGGACUAUCGUUGAAGUUCGCAUUAACUUCCCAUUCCAUGUAAACGGCGAUCAAUGCUUGUAACUGUGUGCAGUGCAUGUGCAGUGGGCGUGGUUUAAACUGAAGUGAAAUCACACUUACGAACCAAAUUAGGCUGUCAAGACCACACCUUUUUCAGCUGAGCUUGCACAUCGAUACAUCAAUAGAGACCAUAGGAAUUGAUGUGGAUGGAGUUACUUAAAAAACCCAUGUGUUUAUGCAAGAUUAUAUUGAUGUGAAAUGGACAUUGCUUACAGUGUGCAAGAUAAAAUAACCUCAUGAAGGUGUGACUUAACCAACUAGUUUUUCCAAGCCACAUAUGUAUCCCACAUGUAUACCCAUUUCUAAUGGUCCUGAAUAUCUGCAGUGCACGCACUGUAGCAUUAUAAAAUGUUCAGCUUGUGAAUAUAGUUCAAGUCAUGAAUGAGACUUUUUUGCAUAUUCAUGUGCAAGACCUUGCAAUGUUGGAGGUGUAGUCCAUGAUGGGUUCCCGCAAGACCAUCAGAAGCUGUUCAGUUACAAGUCAAGUUGUAAGCUAUUCAAAUGAAUUGUAACAUGUAUUCCUUUGACGGUUUAUACAUUGUUACUUGUGACUGUUUUAUGAAAGGAUUUGUGAGAAGACUUGUUAAAGAACUUUUGAUGGACAGCACGCUAUCAUUAUAGAAAAAUACUGAAACACUUUCUGACCUGUACAGCUACUUGUGUAUGCUACAAUUUAGUGCAUGGUGCACAAACAAAACAAUACAAAUAUCUUUAGAAAUGCGGUAUAAUAACUGUUACCAUUUUCUGUGGGUUAGAGGGAGUGAAAAAAAAUGGGGAAAAAAGGAAAGUAAAGCUUUGCUAAUAAACUGUUCAAUGGAAUAUUAUUAAGAACCAGACAUAAGGCGUACACAUUAAAUAAAAUUUUUGCAGGUAACCUGGUUUUACUCCUUUUCUCCGAUUAAUACCAGAAUGGUUUUCAUCUGUGAUUGGGAAUUGUUUUCUCAUUACCAUUUAAGCCUAAGAAUAUUGUACAUAUAAAUGCUUUCAUUUUACUGUCAUAUCAUAGAAGAUAAGGUUGACACUUUUGAAGAGUUUAUCAACACUUUGGAUUACGAUCACUUUUCUCUUCAAAAUUCAUUAAAUGCUCACUUGCGAAAAAGAAAUUGAGUUGAAUUAAGAAGAAAAACUGACCUUUGUCUUUGCACGUUGUCCUGCGCCUGCAGGUUGAAUGUUGUCUUAUUUUUUCUUGGUUUAUAUAACUGAACUUUUCAUUUCAAGAGGAAAUGGUUUUUCAGAUUGUAUUCUUAGCCGUUCGUGUUGUGAAAAGUGGAGACAUAGUGCGAAGGGUCCAAGAUAGUGAUUAAUCAUGUCUCAAGUCAAUCACAACCUUAUUACGCCUCACUGUCUUUAGUAAGGAGCUGUGGAAAUGAACAGUGACAAAGCCAUCUUUUACCAUUGUUUAUCUUUAUUAUUAUUUGGCAUUUGACUUGACCUGUUAAUAAUUCCAGUUGGUGAACCUCAUUAGAAUACUUAUGCAGUAUUCUGAACUGUAGUUGGAAUAUCCUUAAUAUCAACAAGCUAUAGUAAUGUAUCAUAUAUAAUACUUUUAUUUAGUUUGAAAGAUGAAUGCGCAAUCUUUCUUUCUUUUUUAUAAUGUAAAUGCCCCAAGUGCACUUGAAAUCUCUCUAUAGAUUGGAAUGUUGAAUUUUCCCCAAGAUUUUGCAUUUGGGCUGUAUUCUGUUUGUGAAAUUUCUGUUAGUUUUAUUAAUUAAUGUCCUGUUCAAAAGUGUCACGAUUGAAAAAUUUCAAAUGGCACUGUCUUCUUGAGUACGUUUCAUCUUUGUCAGUAUUGUUGAACAGUUAAAAGUAAUGUCAUUGGAACUAAAAUAACUAGAUGCAUAAAUAAAGUACGUCCAAUCGCCUCAUUCCCACAGAAUUAGUUAUAUAGUGCUUGUUAUAUAUUUUUUACACUUUGGGAUAAAGGCAAUAAAAUAACGUAUGGUUUUGGUUUUUUCUUUUCUUUUUGAUAGAUUUUUGUCCACGGUUGUUAUUGCUAUUCACUUUGCAACAACGUUGCGACGAAUUUUAUUUGAUGUUUUGUUGUAGACAGAAAUAAAGAUUAACUUACUCAAGUAUUUUAAA